CACCCCCAUGCGCAGUUGAGCUUGAGCGUUUGUCUUUGUUUUGUGUGUUUUGGUUUUGUGUCUGUUGUGUUUGUGUUUAAACCAAUAAAUAAACUAAACUAGAUUUUUACAAGAAAAGAAACUACGCGACGCGUUUGCCGCUUGGUAGAAUGUGGACCGCACCCAGUAACCAUUGCAGUUACACGGUUUUAUUUAGUGUUUUGUAAAUUAGAUUAGGCGAUAAACGCAAAGGCAAAAAAUUGUUCUUUCUUGGGCGAAGGAUCAAGGAUAUUAUUUAAAAUGGGUUGCACUCAAAGUGAGAUAUCUCCGCAAAAUGAAACUCCACGCAAAGGCUGCACUGAUAUUUUGUGGCUUAUUAUUUAUGUUAUUUUCUGGAUUUUGAUGAUAAUAAUCGCUGCUAUAUCUUUCGUAUAUGGAAAUCCACAACGUUUGAUAAACGGUUACGAUUCUUUUGGCAAUACAUGUGGCGUUAAAAGCAAUGAAAAGCUUAUAAACUUUCCACUAGCCGGUCUAGGGACGGCCGACAAAAGUUACCUAUUUUUUAUGGAUGUCAAAGAGCUGAGACGAUCACUGAAAAUAUGUGUGAAAAAAUGUCCCAAUAAGAAGUUGGACACUUUUAAAGAUAUACAAAACUUUUAUAAAGAAACAGGGUCUAACCUAUGCAGAUACGAUUUUAAUGUGACAACUGUAACACCUACAAAGAGCUUGCAUAAUUUUAUAGGGCCUUGUCCCACUUUGCCAGUGUACGAUUCCUUCCCUCUACUCAAUAGGUGCUUCCCUAAAUCUGCUAAGGAUUUGGCUCAGAAAGUGUUCACAGAUUUCUAUGAUCUGUUAAACAGUUGGGAUACAAUUGAACAGAGUUUGUCAGAUCUUUACUCAUCAUGGAAAGAAAUGAUUAUAUGUGUAAUUAUUGCAUUUAUUUGCUCACUGAUCAUGGUAUCUAUUUUACACUUGUUGGCCAGUCUUGUGUCGUGGAUAUUUAUGAUAAUUGUGUCCAUAGCCAGUAUCGCAGGAACAGCCCUUUUGUGGUACACAUACCAUGAGCUUCGAACUAAGCAAAAGGAUUUCUCUGAUACAACCAUAUAUCUUGCUGAGUCACUCAAAAACGAGAAAGCAUUUUUGUGGUAUUCCAUUAUUGCUACUAUAAUCACAGUAAUAUUACUAUUGUUGGUAUGGGUGAUGCGAUCGCGUGUGUCAUUUUUAGCUGCUCUAUUUAAAGAAACGGCACACUGCUUAGGAUCUAUCCCUGCACUGUUCCUGCAACCAAUAAUAACAUUUUUCUUCCUUGUACUGUUUUUUACAUUUUGGUCACUUGUUGUGGUGUGUCUAGCAACUGCUAACUACCCUGGUAUUCCAUACAAAACAAAUUUCUUUUUCAAUGGCACCCCUUUGCCUGACCUUGUGGACAAUGCUGCAAUAGAAGCACAAAAUAUCAAUAAAAGUGCAAGCCCUAAGAGUUACAUUCUAGAUCCAAUAGAGUUUGACCCGCUGUGGGUGAAGAGUAUGUGGUGGAUGUGCCUCAUUUGCCUCGUGUGGGGUAGUGAGUUCAUACUGGGCUGCCAACAGAUGACCAUUGCGGGUGCUGUAUCACACUGGUACUUUAGGGGGCCAAACGCAAACACUUCGCCGGUUCUGUAUUCAAUAGGCAAACUUCUGAAAUAUCAUCUGGGUUCGGUCGCUAAGGGAUCGUUUCUGAUCACACUGUUCAAGGUUCCAAGACUGAUUCUUACUUAUUUACAUGCUAAGCUAUCAUCAAGAGCAGAAAAGGGCUCGGACUGCGCGAAGUGCGGUUUGAAGUGCUGCAUCUGCUGCUUCUAUUGUUUGGAGAAGUUCAUUCGCUACUUGAAUCACAACGCUUACACCAUCAUCACCAUCGAGAGGUGCCACUUCUGCAAAGCUGCAGCGAAGGCAUUCAGCACAAUAGUGAACAACGCGCUGCAAGUGGCCACCAUCAACAGUGUGGGAGACUUCAUCCUGUUCCUGGGGAAAUGCAUAGUGACGGCGGUGACGGGCAUCGUGGGCCUGCUGCUGCUCAAGCGCAACGCCGACCUGCACUUCUACGCCGUGCCCACGCUCGUCAUCUGCAUCUUCUCCUUCUUCAUCGCGCACUGCAUACUGUCGCUGUACGAGGUGAGUGAGACACUGCACGGUGACGUCAUCGUGGGCCUGCUGCUGCUCAAGCGCAACGCCGACCUGCACUUCUACGCCGUGCCCACGCUCGUCAUCUGCAUCUUCUCCUUCUUCAUCGCGCACUGCAUACUGUCGCUGUACGAGGUGAGUGAGACACUGCACGGUGACGUCAUCGUGGGCCUGCUGCUGUUCAAGCGCAACGCCGACCUGCACUUCUACGCCGUGCCCACGCUCGUCAUCUGCAUCUUCUCCUUCUUCAUCGCGCACUGCAUACUGUCGCUGUACGAGGUGAGUGAGACACUGCACGGUGACGUCAUCGUGGGCCUGCUGCUGCUCAAGCGCAACGCCGACCUGCACUUCUACGCCGUGCCCACGCUCGUCAUCUGCAUCUUCUCCUUCUUCAUCGCGCACUGCAUACUGUCGCUGUACGAGGUGAGUGAGACACUGCACGGUGACGUCAUCGUGGGCCUGCUGCUGCUCAAGCGCAACGCCGACCUGCACUUCUACGCCGUGCCCACGCUCGUCAUCUGCAUCUUCUCCUUCUUCAUCGCGCACUGCAUACUGUCGCUGUACGAGGUGAGUGAGACACUGCACGGUGACGGGCAUCGUGGGCCUGCUGCUGCUCAAGCGCAACGCCGACCUGCACUUCUACGCCGUGCCCACGCUCGUCAUCUGCAUCUUCUUCUUCUUCAUCGCGCACUGCAUACUGUCGCUGUACGAGGUGAGUGAGACACUGCACGGUGACGUCAUCGUGGGCCUGCUGCUGCUCAAGCGCAACGCCGACCUGCACUUCUACGCCGUGCCCACGCUCGUCAUCUGCAUCUUCUCCUUCUUCAUCGCGCACUGCAUACUGUCGCUGUACGAGGUGAGUGAGACACUGCACGGUGACGGGCAUCGUGGGCCUGCUGCUGCUCAAGCGCAACGCCGACCUGCACUUCUACGCCGUGCCCACGCUCGUCAUCUGCAUCUUCUCCUUCUUCAUCGCGCACUGCAUACUGUCGCUGUACGAGAUGGUGGUCGACUCGCUCUUCCUCUGCGUUUGUGAGGAUCGCAACAUGAACAGCGCCGACGGGCAAUGGAAGAACUCGCGCCUGGCCGAGCUCGGCGGCCACAAGGCGGACCGCGUCGAGCUGGAGGACUUGCAAGAGAAGUACUGAGACUGUGCUUGGCUUGUGUGUGCGGGCUUGGUUACUAGCGGUGGCUGAAGGUAAUUUCAAUUUUGUCAAGAUAUAAGCCAUGAACCUAAAAAAUAAGCAUAAAUAUAUUAUUAAAAUAUAUAUAUUUGGUGUGUAAGUUUUACAAUGUUAGCACGCUAACUAACUGUCACGAACUUGCAUCUAUCAAUGUUUACAAUUUACAUUUUUAUACUCUUUUAUUUUAUUAUAUACGUUAUAUUUUAAGUUAUUUAAGUAGGUAGUAAGGAAAAUCAUUGGCAAUCAAUUUAAGCUCAUUUAUACAAUCUUUUAUGUGAUAUCCAUUAAUCUCAAAUGCUCGAAAAUUUUUUAUUUUUAUUUGUAAAGCUAUGUUUUGAUAUAGAUUUCGUUUAGACAUCAUAAAAUGUGAUGCUAUUUUUUUUUGAUUUUUAGUUAAGUGGUUAGGUACGUUUUUAUGCUUUUAAAGCCGGUUGCAUUUUUUGUUGGAAACUCAAAAUUAAAGUUUUAAUAGACAUAGAAAAUUAAAUUUGGUCUGACUACUCAGUUGAUAACGUGUUUGAUAUGAUAUUAAAUUAAAUACCGUAGUACGGAUAUAGGUAGUUCUACUAAACACAUAUUGUUUGUUUUUAAUAGUUCCAUCGUCGCCCAACAGAGAUCUGUUCAUGUUGGCAUAGUGUGCUUUGCAGGGGCCCUGUAUGAAAAUUAGUUAGGGGCCCAAAUAAAGGGUAAAGAUUUCUCAUAUGAUCGCUUAAAAUAAAUGUGUCUUGGGCGUACGCUUAACCGGGGAAGAAAACGGUCUUUUUUACUUUUGUCAUUUCUGAAUUGAAAACUCUACAGCUUUUCCUUUUUUUACUUUUCCGGAAAGCAGAUUAACAGCCAGUUUCUUCAUGUAAAGCUAAAGUAACAGUAAAAGUAUUAAGUAGUAAAGAAGACUUUAUUUUUUAGUGAAUAAGACCGUCACUUUUGAUUUAUGACGUUACUUUGACUGUUACUUGCGAUGAAGAAACUGGCCGUAAGUGAGAUUUUGGGGUACUUACAUUUUAUUAGUUUUUGUUUUCACACUUGUAGUCCGUGGGCCCCCUAUCAUUGAUACGGCUGUUGAAAGAUAAUGGCAGAGUUAUGAAUAAAAAACGAAAGUUGUUUCAAUUUCCAUUAAGUUACACAGAACUAUUUAAUGUAAGAAAAAUCUCAAUUAUUAUAAGAAUUCUUUAGAUGUGAACUUGUUACUAUUGUGUGUCAUUCCACCAUGAUUUUAGUGUAGAGCAAAUUAGCUACAUAACAUAAUUAGAGCACUUGAUUUGUGGUGCUACUAACAUGAGGCUAACUAUUUUGAUAAAUGUGACUAUUUUUACGAAUCUAUACAAAUAUAUAAACGCUUAUAACUCUUUUUUUUGUACAUCAGGCAAUGAACUGAGAUAAAAUCAAAUGUAUCAUGGAAAUAUGUAUCUAGAUAUACAUAGCAUAUAUAAAAACAUAUCAGAGACAUAACUAGAAAGGGUUCAAAAAUGCUUGAAUUUUUUUUGGAUAUAAAAUGAAUUCAUUACUACUAUGCCGUCCAGUUCUGCAUUUUUUUACAAUUCAGUAUUCAUUUCGUAAUUAUUAUUUAAUUGCCUAUAUUAGACAUUAUAUUUAACCCCUGUCAUAAAAAAGGGGUUUUAUAAGAUUGACAUCAUCGUAUCUCGUAAAUUAUUGUAAUGAUUAUGGUUCUUUUUAUUCUAAUGUGAUCAAGCAGCUAUACGGUGAAGAUUUCAUACGUCUAUUAUGAUGUAAUGAAUUUCUCGCAUAAAGAUAACUAUUCUAACUAAAUUUAGGACUCCGGGGAUCCAAAAUUUAAUAAUUUGAGAUCAUCUUUUAUUUAUGGUUGUAUUAAAAAUUUUAUUGAUACUCCUGUAAAAUAAUGAGGCAGGCGAAUUCAGUAGGAAUUCCAAAAUAAAUAUAAAAUUAGAACAUGUUAAUUUGGUAAUUUGUUAAACUUAAAUGAUAAUACCUUUAAAAAUUGUUUUUUUUUUAAUUACUAAAUAAUACUCAAUUUUAAUAUGGUAAAGUACAGUAAUAAUCACAUGUUAAUGAUGGUUUGGCAUUCCUCACUAUGGUUUUUUUAUAUUUUGAUUUUAUGACAACCUCCUUGACACAAUAAUUGUAUUUUGUAGUUUCGUAGUACAAAAAAAUAUGAUUACAAUAUGAACUUUUCAACAUACAUCAACUUUUUAUACACAUGUUAAUAUUCUUAGAUUUAUGUUGGCAUCUUUCUCAUAAUAUUUUUUGAUUUACACUUAUUAUAAGUUAUUUGAUAGUCUUUAUUUUAUUAAUUUACAACUAAAAACUCGUUUUAGAAUUUUUAUUAUAUAUUAGGAUAGACAGCUAUUAGAAAUGAAACUAAAAAAAUGUUUAUUUUUUCUACCUCGAAUUGUAUCCUUCCACUAUUAGAACUUUUAAUGUUUGUUGAUUGAAAUUACACUUGUUAUUUAAUUCGAUCUCAAUAAAACAAAUGAGUGUGGA